UUUAUUAAUUUCGUAGGCAAAGUUAAUGACGUGGGAUGGGAUGAUGAUUGAUUUGGUGGGGAGAGGGGGGGCAUGGUCAACGCGAGAUUUGGGUGAGUCGAAGGGGCGAGUGUAGGUGAUUAAACUCUCCGGUGUGAUCAACGGUGUAGAUUAAUUGGAAAUUGGAAUAGAUAAUAAGUAAUGAAAAAAUAAGAUUAAAAUUAAGAUGGUAAGCAGAAAUCGGAGCUGGGCUAGCUUUGGCUCAAUUCUCCUCUCAGGACAGGAAGGUAGGCCUUACCGCCUUAGCUCCAGUACCGUUAUUUUGCGGCCCAGGUUGUUGGUUUUUGGCUUCUUCUUCUGAAUCCUCUCUCUCUCUCUCUGCAUCUGCUGAGCGUACUGCAUUGUUCUUCUUUAUUGUGAUAAUUGUGCUGCUUUUCUCUGCGAUUUUCCUUCACAGAUGAAGGGCCGCUCAAAGAAUAAACAUGAGAGAAGUUGCGCUGAAAUCUGUUGUUUGGGUUGGUCGUGCCUACAGAAUUUCUGGCCCAGAAUCGUCUUGCGGAAAUGGCUCAAUAUCAGUGCCAAGGAUUCGGAUUUCAGUGCUGACACUGAAGACGAAGACGACUGUGAUACUGGUUCUGAUACUGAAGAAUUUUGUCAAUGGGGAAGACAGUCGCGGUUUCAGGGUAACACGGGGGAUGAAAGUCAGCUUGAUCACAAUGAUGCUCUUCCAAAGUUGAGAAGGCGAAAGUCAGAAACUUUUAGAGCACAGUAUAUAAACACAAUGGAGCUCAAGAUAUGUGUUGGGACAUGGAAUGUUGGAGGAAAACUUCCUCCGGAUGACCUAGAUAUAGAUGAUUGGUUAGGUGUCAGCGAGCCUUCUGACAUCUAUGUGCUUGGACUUCAGGAGAUUGUCCCUUUAAAUGCUGGGAAUGUCUUUGGUGCUGAAGAUACUCGUCCGGUCCCAAAAUGGGAGAGCAUUAUUCGCGAAACGCUGAAUAGAGUUCAACCUGUGAAGACUAAGUGUAAAUGCUAUAGUGAUCCUCCUUCUCCAUCAAGGUUCAAGCCGUCUGAUGAUGCUCCAGACAUAGAAAGUGCAAGACUAUUAGAAACUGACAGUGAGGGAGAUGAGGAAGUCUACCCAUUAGAUGAAGAAUUUAAUGAUUCGGAUGAAGUUAGUGAGAAACCCAUCACUGGUGAAAACUUCUUUGAAAAUUCUGGAGCUUCUGACUAUUCUGGUCAUCCCAAUUUGGGCAUGCCCCUAGAACAGGAUUUACAAAGGCAAUGUUCUUCUCCAAAGAGGCUAGAUAGGUUAGAUUGUCUUAGGACUGAAAAUUAUGCAGGAAAUGGAGGAGCAUCGGUUGCCCAACCCAAAAGCAUGUUAACCAAAACACGUAGUGGGACAGAAAGGAUUGGGUUGAGCUGGCCAGAGCCUCCAUUAAAUUUGCGAGCUCAGUAUGCUUUAGAGAGACCAAAUCCUUUUGCGUCAAUCAAAUCUUUCAAAGCAUCCAAAUCUUUCAGAAGAUAUUGUUCUUUCAAGUCAUUUGCAAAUGAUGAUCAAAGAGAGCCAUUAGAGAUAGCUCUGCUUGCAGAACUUGACCUUGAGUCCCUCAUGAAGCGGAAAAGAAAAUCACCAUUUGUAAGGAUAAUUAGCAAGCAGAUGGUUGGGAUUUUCCUUACCAUAUGGGUUCGAAGAGGCUUGCGUCAGCAUAUACAGAACUUAAAAGUGUCUACUGUUGGUGUUGGUGUAAUGGGCUACAUCGGAAAUAAGGGAUCUAUAUCUGUCCGCAUGUCUAUAUAUCAGACGUUCUUUUGUUUUGUAUGUUCUCACCUGACUUCAGGUGAAAAAGAUGGAGAUGAAAAUAAAAGAAAUGCUGAUGUGCAUGAAAUACAUCGAAGGACUCACUUCCGUUCAGUUUCAAAUAUUGGGCUUCCCAAAAGAAUCCAUGACCAUGAGAGAAUUAUCUGGUUGGGUGAUCUGAAUUAUCGCAUUAAAAUGUCAUACGAGAAAACACGAGAACUCAUCCACAAAAAGGAAUGGUCCCAGUUGGUUGAGAUGGACCAGCUUGUACAAGAGCUAAGGAAAGGCCAUGCUUUUGAUGGAUGGUCUGAAGGAGCUUUGAAUUUUCCACCAACUUACAAAUAUGAGAGCAACUCAGAGAAAUACUACGGAGAGGACCCAAAAGUUGGGAGGCGUACUCCGGCAUGGUGUGACCGCAUUCUUUCGUUUGGUAAGGGGAUGAGGCUAAUGAGUUAUAGGAGGGCUGAGCUUAGGCACUCUGAUCAUCGCCCUGUCACUGCCACAUACAUGGUGGAGGUUGAGGUGUUUUCUCCUAGAAAGCUACAGCGUGCUCUUACCUUCACGGAUGCAGAAAUUGAAAGUGCAGAAAUUGCAGCAGAUAUGGGUAUUGAUGUUGGAAGGAACAAUCUGAGAUUAGUAGAGUAGUAUGUUCUACAUAAAGGGCUGUCAAUAGGCUGGUCCAGCAGGCUAUACUGAACCAAGCUUUUGGCAUGAAGAUUUGGAUUUUUCAGAGUAUUAGUUCUAAUUGAUGAGCGUGCCCUGUGGUAGGCGCAUGAUCUCAUCUGCUUGGCCCUGUGAGCAGCCGAAUGUCUAGUCCCCUUCUGCCUUCAGGCCAGAAGGAACUAAGGAUACAAUGAUUGUUUGGAUCAAGGUUUUGUUUAGCAGUCAACACAAACGCUUAUGCCCCACCCUAGUUGGGUUCUUUGCACACUUUGUAUAAACAUAAUUCCGUCAGAAUGUAACUUUGGUACUGAUACAGGAUAUAUCUGAUUGGGAGCAUUAAGAGAGGCAAACCCAUGUCCGAGACGAAGAGGGUGCGUGUGAGCAUGAACAAGCUACUGUGGUAAUAGUGAUACAGUUACUAAGCUUUAAUUCCAUUCUAUUGAUUUUAUUGUUCUUUGAUCGAUGUUGUAUAUUUUACAUAGUGUGUAAAUUUGUUAGCAUGGGAGGUUUUCCCCCACAUGUUUUAAAAGUUUUGUUGGGCAGCCAGUUUUAGAGGAAAUAAAAAUUAAUCAAUAGUAAAGAAUGUCCAGUUUAUUGGGUGUAACAACACAAGUAAUGUUCGUUAAAGGUCACUCCAUUUUCUUUGGGAACUCUCCCUCACUGGUUGAGAAGUUUGCAAAUGGUAUGGCAAGAUAGUGCAGCUAUGUUUCCAUUUUUGUAUAUUUUAUUUGAUAAUCUGGAUUCUCUUUUUGUACCGUCCGUGAAAUAAAUUGCUUCUUUCUAAGGUUAA